CCAUGCCGAGAGAGGGACCCAGCUGGCGGCCUGAGCAGUGGGCAGUCGUUGCGCAGAGGCUGAGCGGGUAGCAAAGCGUGCUAAGAUAGUUGCCACAUAAUAAGGCGUAACAGGGAACAAAAUGUCCUUUUGCUCGUGGUUUAAAGAGGAGGAAUAUAGAGAUAAUUUCGAGCCAGGGUUGUACGUUUGUGUAGAAUGUGGAUACGAGCUGUUCUCCAGCCAAGCCAAGUAUGAGCACCACACACCAUGGCCAGCUUUUACUAAGACAGUCCAUAAGGAUUCAGUAAGCAAGGUUCCAGAGGAGGGUCGUCCAGGAGCUCUGAAGGUGUCAUGUGGAAAGUGUGGCAAUGGACUGGGCCAUGAAUUCCUUAAGGAUGGACCAGAUGGAAAGAUGUCAAGGUUCUGAAUAUUCUCACACUCCCUCAAGUUUAUUCCUAAAACUGAGGGAGAUCAGAUCGCGAAUGGAUCAGCUGAGGCAAAUGGAAAUUCCUGAGACAGGGAUGGCACCUGCAAGUUGCCGUCUAGCUCCUCUCAGAAGAAGGAAGAAUGUAGACUGGUUUAAUUGCAGUUUCACCCAAAUAGUGAUCCUGUUAGGAAUAUGUUUAUAUUAUUGUUGGAAUUAUUUGAAGAAAAUAGAUUAACUAACAAUAUUAAGAUUAAUGCAAAUUUGGAAAGUGCCAAAAAGACACAUUUCUCAAUUAUGACUUGGGAGCAAGUGACAGAAAUGUCCAUUUAUUGUGACCAGUAAUAUGAAGUUAAUGAGUGAAACAUGAAUACAUGAAUUCCUUAAUGGAUGCUUAUACUGGUCCAGCUUACAUGGCCAUAGCUGACAUCUUUUAAGUCAGAUCUAUUUUUACAAACUCUUUCAUUAAACAAAAGUCAUGAAACAAUAUUGUUAGAGUAUUUUAAUGCCUUUUUUCACAUAUAUUUGAUAUAUAUUUUGGAUUUUUUUUUUAGUAUAUAUGUUAUUAGGCAAUAAGAAAUAGCUAAAGAACCUGGUUAAUGAUGAUAGUUAGUGUGUGACUUACCAGAAAAGUCAAUGGAAUGUUAAAAUGGUAUAUAUUGUGGUAAAAGUAAAGAUACCAAUAUUGGAAUGGCAAAUAGCUUGCUAUUCAGAACUGGAAUUUAUUAAGAUCUUGUCUGCUGUCAGUGUUAUGAAGCAGAAAAGGUAAACUUGACAGAAAGUCCUUUUUAGCGGAAGAUGUUUCUGAAACAAGCAGGAUCUUUUUGAUUCCAUAAUCAUUUCCUCAAGUAUAUUGUUAGAUUUCACCAUAAAUUCUUAUAGAUUUUUUUUUUU